UUUAUUUUCGAGAAAGAAUACGAAAGCGGUGUGAUUAAAAUCGGGAAAGAAAAAGUGCUUUCGUGUCACUUAAAAAAACCAACACACUUGUAAGCAACAACAAACAAUUGCAUAUACCAAUACCGGAGAGCGCAUACUUAUAUAUUCCCCACCAAAAACAACUCCACAAACGAAACGGUGUGACAGCAGCGCUAAGUGGAGAAGUCGUUUGUAUUGAAUUGGAAAAAUCUAAAAAUAACCAUAAAGCGAUCAACAGUAGCAAAGAUUUUAGAAGAAAACCUCCAGGUAUUUAGAAAAGGAAAAAUGGCUGACGAGCAACCAAAUCUAGUGGCUGGACAUCCACCAGCAGUUAAAGCCGGUGGCAUGCGUAUUGUGCAGCAUAAGGGUCCUGCCGCUGAGCGUCCAGCUAAGGAUGCCGAGGAUUGCACCGGUUUGACGCAACCAGUUGCUGUUAAUAGUGCUGUAGUGAGCGGUGCUGCAGUUAAGGGUAACAUUGAUUAUACGCCACAGGCAGCACAGGUUGCACAUUCGCCCAAACCACCGGCGUUUGUUGCACAAAAACCACAAAUCAACAUUCAACAGCCACGCAAAUGAGUGUACGCCACACGCACCAACCGUUCAAUUCCACAGCAACGGCAAUAACAACAACAACAAUAACAUAAUCAGCAGCAGCAAAUAAUAAAUUCAAACAUUACAAUAACAGCAAAAACAUUCCAUUUUAACAAGCCAACAGCAGAGAGAAAAUGUGUUGAACGAGUUGAACGGCAAAAACAUAAGGAUUUAUGAAGUAUAAGAAUUCCUAAAAUUAAUAAUAAUUAACUUUGUAAAACAAAGCGUAAUAUAUACUUAAAAAGUUGUAAACAUUUGUGAAACUAUGUACUCAUGCACAUGAAAUUUUUAUAGCAUUCGUUAGAGUUUAUAUAUAAAACUUAUAUUAUUGAAAUUUAAAAUCAUAAUUUUCUUUGCUCAAGAAUUUAUGGAAUUUAUGCAUAUAUUUAUUUUUUUAACGCACUAUGCUUCAAAAUAUGCACUAUUUAAAUGUAGCACUAUAAGUGUCAGAGUAUGCUCUUUUUCUUAAUUAAUUUCAUUCCAAACGGUAUAGUUUGCACUUAUUUCUUUGAAUACAUAUCUUUGUACAAUAAAAAAUGAAAACAAAUAAAAUGUGAUUUUAUAAAGAAUAUUGUCACAAAA